AUUUCAGAGACAGAGCUUACACAGAUAUAUCGGGGAAAUAAAGUCGGCGUGGUAAUUUUCAUAUGCUAAACAUCUCAAUUGAAGACGUCAAAGCAAAGCCUUUCCCUUCUAAGUAUUUUUUUAUUGUUCAUUUUUUCUUUGGGGCAAGCUCUCGACAAAAUUCAAUUCAAAAUCAGUUUAAUUUCGUUCUCUCUACCUACGAAUCUACAAUCGCAAAGAAAACAAAGAAACGCACAGAAAACGAAGACUUCAUGAGCAGAUCAAAAGAUAUAGAAGGCGCGGAGUAAGCAUCGUAUCAAAGAAAAGUGAUUAAGUUAUAGAGAAGAUGCAUUACCCGGACUUGAACAACUACUGUUUCUCGGAACAUGGCGGUCCAGGUAGUAACUUGGAGUUCCGGUUUACUGGGCCAGGAUCCAUAUCGAAUGCCGUGCAUCAAUACAAUGUCAUGCGUGCCGCCGAGCUGGCCGAAGCGAAGCGUCAAAAGCAGCGUCCAAUCCUCUAUCCGGUCUUCUGCAAAGUGCGCAGUCAUGUCAGCGAUGUGACCAGCAUGGUCACAUCCCGGGACGUAGAUGUGGUCACCCAGUUGUCCCUCGAUUCGGACACGACGAUCACCAACGAUUAUGAUGAUGAAGAUGACUAUUCCAAUGAUGGCCUCAAGUGCGGAAUGGGCGAUGCAGUGCGUCUUUGCGGCGGCGCAGAAUCAAACACAAAAGCCAAAGGUAAAGGCAAAGGGAAAGGCAGAGGCAAGAACAAAUCCAAGACCAGGAAAGUGAAAAGUCCGGCUAAGAGCUCAAAGAAAGACCAACAACCGAAUCAACAACUCAUGUGUCCAGAUCCUGAGCCGCACGGCGACUGUUUGGAUAAGCUGAAGAAUCUGCAUCUCGAGGUUUGCGCAGAGUUGCAGACCCUGGUGGCGGAAGAGGAGGGCAAGAAGCCAAGUCCUCCAUCUAGCCCAAGGGCCAAGAAGGUGUUCAAGAAGAUAAAAAGACAGAACACAAAGCGGCAGGAAGGUGGCGAGCACCAGAAGAAGGCCCAGAACCAGGAACUUUCGCCGAGAGCCGGGGAACAAGUCUGCUACGAGGAUUACUAUCUGCCACAGCCCAAGUGGGUGGACAUCAUGCCCUCGGCCAUGAUGUCGCAGGGCAUCAAGGUGAAUGUGUGCACCUGCCCGGCAGCCACUCCUCAGUCCGUCUACAAGUUCAUGCAGCAAUAUGGCGGCAUGGUGCCGGAAUCCCUGACUCCCUUCUUCCAUGAGGACAGCGAUCUGGAUCAUGAGUUUGCCGAUCGCAAGGGCUAUCUCCGCUACGUGGAGCCCCGUUCCCAGAUCGUUGACAAAGACUGCAACGAUCAAGUUCCGAAAAAAAUCAACAACCACGGAUCGGUCGUGGAUCCCUUCUUCGUGGAGCUGGAGAAGCGACCGCAAAAGGUCAGCUUGCUGAGGAGCCUCUCACCCAUGCGUUACACUUCUCAGUGCUCCGAACUGACCCUAAAGCCAGCUCUGAUUGCAUCUCCAUCGGGAGCUGUGGAGGCAGAGGUAAAAGUGCCCGCAGAGGCAGAGGUUAAAGUUCCGCCAUUGGAACUGCACUCAAAGAAGAGGCGGCCAAAGAAAGUAAAGGUUGAAGGAUCCGCCACAGCAAGAUCUAAGCAAGGGCCCAAGUCGCAUGGCACUAAGGACCGCCUGCCGGCAGGAUCACAGCCGGAAAAGAAGGCACCACUCAAACCCAAAGAAGCGGUAUCUGCAACAACUCUAAUACCGUCAUCAUUGGCAACAGCCCCGGCACAGGUAACCACGCCGAAACGCCAACAGAAGCGACGCAAGCAUAAUUCCAUAGUUAUAUAUAGCAAGUCUCUGGAAGAUCUCAAGGCGGAGAAGAUGAGGAUCUAUAAUAAGAUCUCCUUCACCCAUGAGCGGAUCAUCGGGGCCGUGGACAGGCUGCAGCUUAGCCUGCUGCAGUUGCCGCCUGCACGGGAGCGUAGUGUUCCGGAGCAGGAAAGGCUCCAGCGCAAUGCCUUUGAAUUUUGUGUCCGUUUUUCCCGGAAUUUCCUAUAUCCACUCAAGGGAAUGAUCGAUGAUGUACGUCUCACCCCGGAGGCGAAUUUCAGCAGUGCCAUCUCCAAUGAGGCCUGCCACCGUGUGAUGUGUGUCUAUGGCCUGAUGCUGCAGUCCCUCAUUAACUAUCAGCGCCAGUUGCGCUUCUUCCUGCUGGAGAAAGUGGCUCAGAAGCUGAGCGCCCUUAUUGAGAUGAUCUACACAAUGACCAACUGCUGUCUGGACAAGAGCAUAUUGGCACGCCACGAUCCGGUUGUGGAGAGCCUGCUGGAGCGUUGCACCCGCUUCCUAAGCUUCAUCGAGGACAUGCAGGCGGAGCGCAUUAAGCUGGCCCGCGAGACGGAGCGGCGUAGCAAGAUCCAAUCGUUGCAGCAUGUUUCGGGUUCCAGCCGCUUGAAAUCCCCUCGACUGGGUUUAGCCCAUUCCCGACACCCGAAGCAGGAGAAGCAGCGCUCUCAUGAGCGUUAUGAUCUCAAGAUGUGCCUCAACGAUUCCAAGGUCUAUGAGCCGCGUGUGGUGCCCAAAGAGCGACCAAAAACAUAUGAGAAAGUCUCUCGUCGACGUAGGAGGAAUCCCCAAGUGAUUGCAACUUCGGUGGCUGAACCGCCCAUUGAGCUGCCAUCCAUCAAAGAGGAUGUCCGCACCCAGAUGCAAAUCCAGGCAGCCAAUGGCGCCGGCGACACCACUAGUUCCAUGAGUGUGGCCACGACCGAGAGCCAUGGAAAUGGACUCCGCUCCAGGGGAGUGUCCCCGCUACGCGAGGCCAUGCUGGAGGCUGUGCGUCGGGCCACCCGGGCGCAGCUCCAGGAGGUCCUGGAUCCCAUGAUGCGUUCGCUGAGGGCCCUGGAAAACGAGAAGAUGCCCAAGAUGGGCGACCAGACACAGACCACAAAAAAGUAGCACUUUCCUUUGUUCAAAUUGGAGGAUGAGAGGACAGCCCAUUGCAGGCUGGUAUUCUUCGACCCAAUAAUUGACCCUCUGCCUCCUUGACCCACAUUAUCCCCAAUCAUUUGAACGCAAUCAAGCCUAAAUUGUCAAGUAUCGAUAGUAUGCAACGAGUAAAUGCACUUUUUUGGAAGAUAAA